AAAUGCAAUUUAUUUGUCAAUUUUAUAUCAACAUAAACAAAAAUAUUUUCUAAUUAUCAAAAGAAAUUUCUUUAUUUUUAAAGGACGAACAAAAAUACAUUAAACAAUGAAAAAUGUAUGUCGUACCUGCAUGCUAAAUAAAGCAGACCAGUUAGAGGUGGAACAAGAUAUGAGUGAAAUUGAAAUGAUAUCAAUUUUUAUUGAGAGCACAAUGGAAAAACUCAGCCUGAAAGAAUUAAUAAAAACCGCUGUACCACAAAUAAAAAUAGAGGAAAAUGACCAAUUACCAAAAAGUAUAUGCCAAAAAUGUUUGGACAAAAUCAAAGAAAUUUAUAAUUUUCAACAGAAAUGUGUCAACAUAGAAGAAAAAUUCUAUAAAAUGUUAGAUGAAGGCAAUUUAAGUGAUUCACCCAAUAACGCUGAAUAUCUAGAGGAGCAGCUCAUUAAAACUGAAAUGAUAAAUAGAUAUUUGAGCGAGGAUAAUUCAAUGGAUUACAAUAAUGAACAUGACAGAUUUACCGAAGAUGAAAUCAAUCGUGUGGAUAUCAGCAAUAAUUCUAUUGAUAUAUUGUGGCAAGGAGGUGGUGAAAGCGAUUGUUUGGAAAGUCCACAACAAAGUAAAUCAAAAGACGGAAAAAAGAUAAAUAGAAGCAAAAGAAAAAAGAAAGAAAAUAAUAUAAAAAAGAAAAGUCCCAACGAAACAUUAAAGUCAACAUCCAGAAGGCGUAAAGAUAAAUCAAACGAAUCUGAAAAUAAAGAAAUUUAUCCCUGCGGCAAGUGUCAGAGGAAGUUAAUAUCUAAAUUAUCAUUUAUUAAACACCAAGAAUUGCACUUGAGAAAGGACAAAGAAGAACAGGAAUUAAAAUGUAGUAUUUGCAACUUGGAGUUUACAGAAAAAACUGCAUUUAAAAAUCAUCAACAAACACAUACAGCCGAAAAAACUUUCUUAUGCUCACAAUGUGGCAAAGGAUUUGCUUCAGCCGGAAGUUUAAAACAACAUUCUCUUCGUCAUUUAGACAAGAAACUUUAUCCCUGCACAGAUUGUCCAAAAUCGUUUCCUACAAAAAACGAUCUCCUUUGCCAUUAUGAAAUUCAUAAAGCCAAACCACGAAUCCAUGUGUGUGAUGUGUGUGGACGUGGUUUUCACAAACAAUUUUUAUUGAAGCAACAUCAAAGAUAUCAUAAUGACGAAAGACCAUUUGCUUGUGAAUUUUGUGAAAAACGAUUUGUUACGAGUGAAAAACAACAGCGACAUAUGCGCACACACACGGGUGAAAAACCAUAUCGCUGUAAAUACUGUGACCGAGCAUUUGCUCAAAGUAAUGAUUGCAUUAAACAUUUGCGACAACAUUUGGGGGAUAAUGUUUAUAUGUGUGAAUUAUGCCCAUUAAGAUUUCCUUUGGCCAGAGAUUUGCGAGCACAUUUCUCCAGCCAUAAAGACGACGAUGAUGAAACCCGAGCCCGAAAUCUUAAAGCUCGUCUAGAAGAAGAACGAAACAUGGAAAUAAAAUUAAUUGCUUAAUAUCUCUUUGGGCAAACAUUUGAAAUUUGUAAAAAAUUAAACUAAUAAAAAUCUAAUGUUUGUUCGUAAUAGAUAAACUCAAGAACUACUACA